UCUUCCAUUCUAUUUUCAAUUACCAAAAAAAGCCGAAGUAUCUUGGAAUCCAUUUUCAGAAUCUUAAAAUCAUAUUUUUUUACAUAACAUAAAUGUCAUCUUCUGAAGAAACAUUAGCCAUGGAUAUGGAACUCAUCACCCGACAUCUUCUUACAGACUUCGCUUCCUUUGAUUCUUUUCUUGCCAAUAUCGAUCGCUGUACCUCCAUGGUUGAAACCCCAAAAUUCCCUCAAACUUCCAGCCCUAAACAAUCUACCCUGAGCCAACGUCGUCCCGCUGUGAACGUGACGAUCCCGGCAGCAAAACUGGACAUGAGCACCACGGAUUGUGACCAGAAAAGGCAUUACAGGGGCGUUAGGAGACGACCGUGGGGCAAAUUCGCUGCCGAAAUCAGAGACCCGAACAGAAAAGGGGCUAGGGUUUGGCUUGGGACCUUCGACACCGCCAUCGAAGCUGCUAAAGCUUAUGAUAGAGCAGCGUUUAAGCUGCGGGGAAGCAGGGCGAUUGUGAAUUUCCCUCUUGAAGCAGGGAAAUCUAAUUCUUCGGAGUCGGAAUUAACAGAGGAUUCCACUUCGUCUUGUAUGAAAAGGAAAAGAGAGGAGGAGGAUGAAGAAAGAAGCAUGGAGAAUAAAGCAGUGAAAAGAGAGGUAAAAGAGGCGGUACCGGCGAAGGAGGCGGAAAGUGUAACGCCGGGAGCAUGUUUAACUCCGUCGAAUUGGACGGGAUUUUGGGACAGUGAAGAUAUGAAGGGAAUAUUCAGUAUCCCUCCGUUAUCUCCGUUAUCUCCCCAUCCGUUUGGGUGUUCGAGGCUUGCGGUCAUGUGAAAAAUAA